AUGUCAAGAGCCAAAAGAAUUAUGAAAGAGCUACAAGCUGUCAAAGAUGAUCCAGAAGCUCGAAUUGAAUUAGAAUUCGUUAAUGAGUCAGACAUUCAUCAUCUAAAGGGUUCUUUCCUUGGUCCACCUGGAACACCCUACGAAGGUGGCCAAUUCAUUGUAGAUAUUGAAGUGCCCAUGGAAUAUCCUUUCAAACCACCUAUGAUGAAAUUUGAUACUAAAGUUUACCAUCCUAAUAUUUCCUCAGUCACAGGUGCCAUUUGUUUAGAUAUUUUGAAGAAUGCGUGGUCCCCAGUGAUAACGUUGAAAUCGGCGUUGAUAUCAUUACAGGCUCUUUUACAAUCUCCUGAACCUAAUGAUCCUCAAGAUGCGGAGGUAGCACAACACUAUUUGAAAGACAGAGAAUCUUUUAAUAAGACAGCAGCCUUAUGGACUAAGCUUUAUGCCUCUCCAGACGGUGCUAUUGGAAAAUCUGUUGAUGAAGCUGAACUGUACGGUAUUGACUCGGAGGCAGUAAAAGAGUUUGAAUCUCAAGGAUUUGAAAAGGACAAGAUAGUAGAAGUGUUAAGAAGAUUUGGUAUUAAGAAGCUGGAUCCAGCAGAUAACGCGACUAUUAACCGUAUUAUUGAAGAAUUGUUAAAGUAA